AUGCCUGUGGGACAUCCAGCUGGACCAGUCAAACUGGGAAUUGGAGAUGCAAAAUUGCAACUGGACUCUGUUCAGACUCAAAAGAAAAAUGAAGUGAAUCCCUGCUGCUACUUCCCAUGUCAACACAAAGGUGUCUGUGUGCGCUUUGGCCUAGAUAGAUACCAGUGUGAUUGCACCCGAACUGGCUACUAUGGGCCCAAUUGUACCACCCCGGAGCUAUGGACGAGGAUCCGGGAAGCCCUGCGACCCAGCCCUUCUUUCUACCAUUUCAUCCUAACCCAUGGUCGCUGGAUCUGGAACAUUAUCAACACUACCUUCAUCAGAGAUGUUCUCAUGAGGCUUGUGCUUACUGUUCGAGCUAACCUGAUUCCCAGCCCACCCACCUACAACUCGGACCACGGCUACAUUAGCUGGGAGUCCUAUGCCAAUUUGAGCUUCUAUACUCGAGUCCUACCCCCUGUACCUGAAGACUGUCCUACCCCCAUGGGGGUCAAAGGGAAGAAAGAGCUGCCAGAUCCAGAGGUGCUGGUCACAAGCUUCCUGCUCCGGAAAGAGUUUGUGCCAGACCCUCAGGGGAGCAAUCUUAUGUUUGCCUUCUUUGCCCAACACUUCAUCCAUCAGUUCUUCAAGACGUCUGGAAAGAUGGGUUCUGCUUUCACCAGUGCUCUGAGUCAUGGGGUAGACCUCAACCAAGUUUAUGGAGACAACCCACAGCGCCAGUACCAGCUACGCCUUUUCAAAGAUGGGAAGCUCAAGUUUCAGAUGGUGGAUGGGGAGAUGUAUCCACCUUCAGUGGCUGAGACUCAAGCAUCCAUGAGAUACCCAGAAAAUGUUCCUGAAGGCCACCAGAUGGCUGUGGGCCAAGAGGUGUUUGGGCUGCUCCCAGGCCUCAUGAUGUAUGCUACAAUCUGGCUUCGGGAGCACAACCGUGUCUGUGACAUCUUGAGAGCUGAGCAUCCCUCCUGGAAAGAUGAGCAGCUCUUUCAGACGGCCCGACUCAUCCUCAUAGGGGAGACCAUCAGGAUUGUCAUUGAAGAAUAUGUGCAGCACCUUAGUGGCUAUUUCUUGAAGCUGAAGUUUGACCCUGAACUGCUGUUUGGAAUCCAGUUUCAGUACCAAAACCGUAUCUCCUUGGAGUUUAACCAUCUCUACCACUGGCACCCACUCAUGCCAGACUCCUUUGUGGUGGGAGAUCAGGAAUACAGCUAUGAGCAGUUUGUAUUCAACACCUCCAUGCUUUUGGACUAUGGCGUGGAGGCCCUGGUGGAUGCCUUCUCCCGACAGAGGGCAGGCCAGAUUGGUGGGGUCAGGAACAUUAACCACCAUGUCUUGCACGUGGCUAUCAGCACCAUUAAGGAGUCACGGGAACUAAGGCUUCAGUCCUUCAAUGAAUACCGCAAGCGCUUUGGCAUGAAACCCUACACCUCCUUCCAGGAGCUCACAGGAGAGAAGCAGAAAUCAGCAGAACUAGAGGAACUGUAUGGAGACAUUGAUGCUCUGGAAUUCUACCCAGGUUUACUUCUAGAGAAAUCUCUGCCCAACUCUAUCUUUGGGGAGAGUAUGGUGGAGAUUGGGGCCCCUUUCUCCCUCAAGGGACUCUUGGGGAACCCUAUCUGUUCUCCAGAGUACUGGAAGCCCAGCACAUUUGGUGGUGAAAUUGGUUUUAACCUUGUCAAGACAGCCACAUUGCAGAAGCUGGUUUGUCUCAAUGUCAAAAUGUGUCCCUAUGUCUCAUUCCGUGUGCCUGACCCAGACCAAGUGGACAAGCAAAGUGUGAAGAGGCCAUCUACUGAGCUGUGA